AUGGUGAUCACCUCGCCGAACAGCAUCGCGGCGCAUGUGCUCACCUCCCGGCCUCGGCCGUGGCAGAGUGGCGCAGUGCAGGAUCUCCCCGCCGAGCAGCUGGACGUCGGGGCUCCGAAGGACCGAGGGUCGGCCGCCGUCGCCCCCUUCUCGUGCGGCGCCGCGGGCCAUGCAGCGCAGCGAGGGGCCCCCCGCCUGGGCCCGGGCGCGCAGCCCACCGCAGCGCGGCAGAGGCAGCCGCGAGCCAGGAGGCGCCUUUUGGGCGCCCCGCCGCCGCCGAGGGCGGCAGGGGGCCACGCCAGCCCGGGGAGAGCGCCUGGCACUCUUUUUUUUGGCCUGCGGGUCGAGAGCGAGCCUCUUCAGGGUUAA